UGUUUUCUGGUUCUUCUCUCUAGCGUAGGGUGUUCUGUAUUUGCUUUGAUGACUUGGGACUUGAGCUUCUCCCAUGAGACUUGCACGAAGACAUAUGUAUAUAUAUAUAUACCUUGCCCUCUUCAAAUAUCCGUGAUGCAGGGCUAGUCUGCUUUGGAUGAGUAUGUACGUCAGCGGCUUCGUGCUCAGAGCCCUCACUUUGUAAAGGCUACUUUUCUACAGAACGUGUCUUCUGAAGUGGGGAAGGGAUGCUAAAGGAGUAGCACACCAGGGUGGCAUGGCAUAAGACUGUUGAUAAUUGGCAUCCCCUUGUCAGCACUGGCUUUCUUGUGUUCUCAAAACGCAAACCCUCUUCUUGGUUCCUGCAGGUGGCUACCAAUUACCGACUUGAUUGAGAGUUGGGCCAAGCAUUUAUUUAGAAGGGAUUGUUAGGCUUUCUUUGGUGGGCUUUUUAAGUACAUGAGUUUGUGGACGCAGCCAUCCGGGAUGGGCACAUGGGUUAGUUUAUAAGGAACCUUUACUUCCUAAUUAUUGAUUCCGGCGGUGACUACAAGCGCGAAGCACUUUGUUGUGUUCCGGAGGUAGUGGCCUUCUCAGUACUGUGUUGGUCUGAGAACUAGGACUUUAGAGAAAACGUCAUGGAUGUUCUGCGCCCACAGCUUGUGACAUUCGAUGGACGGAAUUAUAGAAAGAAUCCCGUUCAGGAAAAGCAAUACCAACAUGAAGAAGAUGAGGAUUUCUAUCCAGACUCCAUGGAAUACUCCGAUGAGCCCUGCGGUGCCUACGAAGUGGCGCAGACCCCUCACGGAUUCCGGGCCACCGUCAGUGCCCCAAGCCUGCUCUACAAGCACAUAGUUGGAAAGAGAGGGGAUACCAAGAAGAAAAUAGAAGUGGAGACUAAAACCUCAAUUAACAUUCCUAAACCCGGACAUGAAGGAGAAAUCGUGAUCACUGGUCCCCAUCGGAAUGGUGUGGUGUCGGCGCGCACUCGGAUCGAUGUGCUCCUGGACACGUUCAGGAGGAGGCAGCCUUUCACCCACUUCCUUUCCUUCUUCCUCAAUGAAGAGGAAGUGCAGGAGCGAUUUCUGAAGUUCCAGGAGGAAGUGCUGAGGAAGUGCUCAAAAGAUCGUGGGGUUGAUAGCACCAUUUUUCAGAAUCCCAAAAAGCUUCACCUAACUAUUGGGAUGUUGGUACUUCUAAGUGAACAAGAGAUCCAGCAGACGUGUGAGAUCCUGCAGCGCUGUAAAGAGGAAUUCAUUAAUGACAUUUCUGGAGGCAAACCCCUGGAAGUAGAGAUGGCGGGGAUCGAAUACAUGAAUGACGACCCUGCUAUGGUGGAUGUUCUUUAUGCCAAGGUGCACAUGAAGGACGGCUCCAACAGGCUGCAGGAGCUGGUUGAUCGAGUGCUGGAGCGCUUUCAGUCUCUGGGACUCAUCGUGAAAGAGUGGACCAGCGUGAAACUGCACGCCACGGUCAUGAACACACUCCUCAGGAAAGAUCCCAAUGCUGAAGGCAGGUACAAUCUCUACACAGCAGAUGGCAAGUAUAUCUUCAAGGAAAGAGAAUCUUUUGAUGGCCGAAACAUUUUAAAGACAUUUGAGAACUUCUACUUUGGUUCCCUGAGGCUCAAUUCUAUUCACAUCUCCCAGAGGUUCACAGUGGACAGCUUCGGAAACUACGCCUCCUGCGGACAUGUUGACUUCUCCUGACAGCACUAGAAAUGGAAUGCCUUCCUAAGGAACUGUGUCCCACCCAGACCCCAGUCCCUCCACGUUCCUGUGUUUUGGAGACAGGACCUUUAAAGAGGCAGUUCUGUGACAUGUGAGGCCAUUAGGGUGGACCCACAGCCCACUGGCCUGGGGUCAUGAAGAGGAAACUGGGAGUCACUCUUGAAGAGACUGGACUAGGAUCCCCCAGAGGAAGUGCCCGUGAGACCCCGCGGAAGGUGCUGAUCUACAAGUCCCGACAGUGGGCGCUGCAGAGACUGAGCCCGAAUGCUUUGAUCUUGAACUCUCCGCCUCAGGAACCAUGAAAAUAAACUGGCUACAGAGAGAGGCCUUUGGUCUGUGGCACUUUGUUAUGGCCGCCCGCCCUCACAGACAGCUGCUGGGUGCAGAGGCUCACAGGCUACCUGUCUUCCUUUGAACCAGACAUUAAAGGGAUUUGUAAAAAUGGAAAACAAUACCCCCUCUUUCUCCUAAUUGUAAGGGAUUUAUGUUUCUCAUAUAAUACACUAUUGUUUUCCUAA